AUAGCAGCCGCACACGUUCGGGAUGCGACGUUUUGAGUCCCAGAAGCCAAUCCCAGUUACCAGCUUAUAACGACACAAUACACCGCGCUAUUUUCAUUGUACUUUCAUCGACUACUCUCCCCAGAAAUUUUUCCUCGAAUCUUUCACACCGCAGUAAAUAAAUCUCGUUACGAUUAAUCAGCGGUAGUUGUUUUAUUUUUAAUUUUUUUUUUUUUCUCCUCUCGAAGAACGUCUUCGAUCGUUGCAAAUUAAAAUUCAUAUCAUCCACCACCCUAUUUUAUAUCAAUGUUUAUUGAACUUCGAUAACCUGAUACAAACUCCCCUUUGAUGUUUUUUACACGGAGUUUGGGAUAUUUUGAGUUAUCAGAAUCUCUGGUACGAAUGUAAAUGUUUUCAAUAGCGCUUGUCGUCGCGGGUGUUUCGGAACUCUUGAGCUUGUGGCUCACAUAAUUGUGCUUCGUGAUUAUACAUACAUACGUAUACCCAUUCGUACAAGGGUAUGCUAGUAGACCGGCAUCUAUUAUAGUUUAUAGUGCAAACUUUAAGAACCUCCGAAAAUCUGAAAGCCUCUGUCUUUGGUAUGUUUGUAAUAUUUCGCGUGGAAAUUUACUACGCUUGUACAGCCGCUCGAUGAAACAACCCAUCUGUGCUUGAUGUAUACCAUCGUCGUCAGUAGACGAUGUGCACAAUCAGAUGAAACACCCGGAACUAACUGAUAUCUGUCGACUCAAAAUGGACCAACACUCCAAUCGGACGCAGUGGAAGCAAUGGAUGGCGAGCAUCACCGCGACAUUGUCAAUGACGUCCGUCGGCACUGUUUACGGAUGGUACACGACAUCGAUAGGGCGUCUUCAGUCCGAGGGUUCCCCGGUGCCUUUUACGGUCGACGAGGGAGGCUGGCUGUUGUCUCUAACGGUGUUAGGGUCGAUGAUCGGUCCGUUUAUCGGAGCCGCGAUGGCGGACAACAUCGGUCGCAAAAAGACCCUCCUCAUUUCUACCCUCUACUUCAUAAUCGGUUGGCUGAUGAUAAUCUUCGGUGAAAACGUGCCGUCUUACUACAUAUCCAGAUUGAUACUUGGCGUCGGUGUCGGUGUUUCGUACACAACGAAUCCCAUGUACGUCUCCGAAGUAGCGGACGUGAACAUUCGCGGUGCUCUCGGUACACUGAUAGCUACGAACGUGUUCACGGGUUCACUUUUCGCCUGUCUGGUCGGUCCCUGGGUGUCGACAAAAGUCCUAACGAUAAUUCUCCUUUUCAUACCUCUUCUAUUCAUAGUGACGUUCAUCUGGUUCCCGGAGAGUCCUUACUACCUCGCAGCUAAAGGUAGAAGCGAAGAGGCAAUCAAGGCAAUUUCAUUUUUAAAGGGCAUCGACGAUAGGGCGGAAGCCAAGGAGGAACUGGAUAUAAUUCUGAAGAAUAUCAACGACAAUAUAGACACGCAAAAUUUCAAAGACAAACUGUCCGAACUUCGACUCCCGAAUAACCUACGGGCCCUCAUGAUAAUCACCGGACUUAUAGCCGCUCAACAGUUGAGUGGAUCUUUCAUCACGAUUUCCUACCUGGAAACGCUGUUCACCGAUGCACAGAUCGCCCUCGAACCCCACGUAGCGACCAGUAUUGUUCUGGCGGUCAGUCUUGUUUCCAGCGGACUUUCCACUUCGACGGUGGAGAAGGCCGGCAGAAGGCCUCUGCUAUUCGCCUCAACGUUGGGCACCACAGCGACCCUCGCUAUUCUCGCCACUUAUAUUUUAUUGGAGAAAAAAACCGCCGUGGAUCUGUCGAGCGUGAACUGGAUUCCCAUACUCGACGUUAUCGUGUUUCAAAUUGUGUACCAAGUAGGCUUGGGGACUUUGACUAACGCUUUGAUAGGCGAACUUUUCCCAACGAACGUUAAGGCCAUAGCAGGCGCGACUAUCACAGUCACCGAUGGUAUUCUCGGCUUCGCUAUUUCAAAACUUUAUCAAGUUAUGGGGGAACUUCUUGGGGUGUACGUGGUCUAUUAUUUCUUCGCUGGAUCUUGUUUUCUCGCAUUUUUCUUCGUAUUUGCUUUUGUACCGGAAACUAAGAACAAGACAUUCGCCGAGAUCCAGACCGAUUUGACCGAGAGUAGUUUCAAGUGUGCGAGACGAAGGAAUAAGAUCUGAUUUUCUAAGUUUCUUCCUUUUUAUUUCGUUAAAAUCGUUUUUUAUCAUCAGUCAUCUAAAUACGUACCUAAAAUCCUACUGAACUUUGCUCACCGUGUAUAUGUCUGUAUAACCGUUAUCUAGGAUCUAGGAAUACUAAUUAAAAAUCGUACCAUGUGCGUCUAUGUGACGCGGGAAUAAUAAUCGCGAUUGUUAUACGUGUAUGUGAAAACUUAAUGUUUGUUAUCGAAGUAAAAAAAAAAUUUAGGACUUGUGGAUACGUUGGUCUCACAUGUUAUCUAAAGAAAAUGAAAUAAGUGUAUCCCUAUUAAUGUGUUUUGAUAAAAGACAAAUUUCAUACAAAAAAAAAGUAGAACAAAAACUAAGUUAGAUCACGCAAUGAACCAAUGUGAUUGAUCUCCUCGAUAUUGUUUUUUGUUUUUGGGCGGGGGGAGAAAAUAAAAACCAACGAAUAAAUGACAAACUACUAUAAUGUACACAGGCAAGACUAAACUAGGGCGAAACAAUUUUCGGUGUGCCUUCUGAAGUGAAAUAAAAUCAGCUCACAUAGACAACCUGUACGUGUAUGUCAAACCGAUGACUUUCAACCCCCACACUCUAAUUAUAUAUUCUCUGUAUGAAAUUCGUUCUUAAUUUUCAGUUCAUUUUCAACUUCAGCCCAAGCGGAACAUUCUGAUCUUCAAGAAAGUACGUCCGACGAUGGCUCCGAAUUUUUUGUCAAAGAUUCGAUGGCCCAGGAGUUAGGGUCAGAGAAUGAUAAUUAUUCCACAAUGAUUACUUGUUUCCCGAUCUUUGAAUUCGCUUCAAACGCAUGACUAUACCCCCAAGAUAUACGCCUGCGCAUAUGUAACACUCAUCAAGGCUAGAGUAGGUCAGGUUGGGGGAGUUGCGUUGUAUUGCGAAGAUUGAUCGAAUAUUUUCAUCCUCAAUGUCCGACAUUACUGACCUGGCAUUUGAAUUUAUUCUAAAUAUUUACUCUCGUGAGCAGGUUUAUUCGUAAAUUCUGUACUCGGUGCAUCGACAAGGUACGGGGCAAUUAAGGUGCACCUGUUACUGAAGUGAAAGCAAGCUCAGCGCAAGCGCGGAAACAC